UGAUAUAUCAAUAACAUAACCUCAACUUGGACUACUAAUUUUAAAAAUAAAUUUGUUUUGGCGGUAAACAAUGUGUGAAGAAUAUUUAUUAAAAUAUCACAAAGCCGAUAUUAUAAAUGUACUAAACGAAACAGAUAGUUCAAAACAUUACCCAAUUUAUAUUAAUUUUAUAGAAUUGUUUGAGAAUGAUCCCCAAUUAGGUACUUUUGUACUAAACGAUCCAGACACUGCCCUAGAAGAUUGGAAUAGAGCAAUUACUAAAGUUCAGUUAAAAGUGUCCAAAAAUAAAGAUGUAGUUCUAAAAAAGUGUCACUGUAGACUUCAUAGUUUGCCAGUAUGUCCUGAACUGGUUCGUACAAAAUUUCCCACUAAUGUUGACACAGGGAAAUUUUUAGAACUAUCUGGUACUGUUGUAAGAACCACAACUACCAAACUAUUAGAACUUGAAAGAAAGUAUGUGUGUACUAAAUGCAAAUAUUCCAUAACUGUAAAAGCAGACUAUGAACAAAAAAACCUAAUAAUUCCUCCUAAAAAAUGUCCCAAUCCAGAUAAUUGUAAAAAUACAAACCUAAUACAUUUUGGUGGCCUAGAUUCAGAAUACUGUAUAGAUUAUCAAGAAAUUAGAAUUCAAGAACCUGUCACCAAACUUGGAAUGGGAUCUAUUCCUAGUUCUAUGUGGGUCACAUUGGAUAAUGACUUGGUAGACAACUGCAAACCUGGUGAUAAUAUCACAGUGUGUGGGAUAGUUAAACAAAGGUGGGAACCAUUAAUUGUUGGCAAGAAAACAGAUAUAGAAAUAGUGUUCAAAGCAAAUUUUAUCCAAGUUAACAAUGCAUAUGGUUCAGCCAGUGUUACUCCAGAAAUUAAGGCAGUAUUCACAACUUUUUGGGACACAUAUUCACAAGAACCACUUGUUGGAAGGGAUAUCAUAUUAAAGUCUAUAUGUUCCCAAUUAUUUGGCCUCUAUUUCGUAAAAUUGGCCACCGCUUUGGUGUUAGCUGGCGGUACUCAUGUGGAUGAUAAAUCUUCAACAGGUGUAAGGGUUAGGUCUGAGUCUCAUUUAUUACUAGUCGGUGAUCCCGGAACUGGAAAAUCACAUUUACUUCGGUUCGCCUCGAAAAUCAUACCACGGUCUGUUUUAACAACUGGAAUUGGUUCAACGGCAGCAGGUCUGACCGUUACCGCAGUAAAAGAAAAUGGUGAAUGGCAAUUGGAAGGUGGAGCUCUUGUUUUGGCGGAUGGUGGUAUUUGUUGUAUUGAUGAGUUUAAUUCUAUGAGAGAUCAUGAUAGGACCAGUAUCCAUGAAGCUAUGGAACAACAAACAAUAAGUGUUGCUAAAGCAAGCAUUGUGUGUAAAUUAAGCACUAGAUGUUCUAUAUUAGCAGCAUGCAAUCCAAAAGGUAACUUGGACCCCACACAACCUUUAAGUUUAAACAUAGCUCUAGCAAGUCCAUUAUUAAGCAGAUUCGAUUUAAUUUUAUUGUUGAGAGAUACAGUUAAUGAGGAAUGGGAUAAUUUAGUGUCUGAUUAUAUUCUUAAUGGGGAAUACAAUUAUUCUAAAUUAACUGAAAAUAACAUGUGGUCAUUAGAUUUAUUACAAGCUUAUUUUAAGAUCAUUAGAAAACUUACUCCCAUGUUAACAGAAGAAUCAAACGUUAUAUUGAGCAGGUAUUAUCAGUGCCAAAGAAAAAUUGAUAACAGAAACAAAUCCAGGACUACCGUUCGUCUAUUAGACAGUUUAAUAAGAUUAUCUCAAGGUCAUGCAAAACUGAUGUAUCACGACAGUGUUCAAAUAAUGGAUGCAGUUUUCGCAAUAAUUUUGGUGGAUACUGCAAUGCAAGAUGAAGGCAGAAUAUUGAAUCUAAACCUAACGACACAUAGUACUUUUUCCGAAAAUCCCAUGGGAGAUUAUUUAGAAAUGCUUGAAAUUAUAUUGACUAAACUUAAUCUUCCAGAAUUAUACGAAAUGGAACGUCAAAAUUUAAGAAAUGCAGGAAAACAUAAAGGGACAAGAUCCAGAUUUUUCAAUAAAGCAAGUACUUCCAAACAAAAUCUUUCACCAAAUAUUGAUGGAUGUGUACCUAUUGAUGAAAAUAUUGUACCAGCAGCUUCAAGUACUCAAAUAAAAGACACUGAUGUUGAAGACAUAACGCAAAAGUCUCGCAGUGUUCAAAUGGAAUUGGAUUUUUCUGAUCCUAUUAUUUCAGAUGAAUAUACUCAUAAUACAUCUGCAGAUCAAGGAAAUGCGUCAGAGGGAGCAAAUGAUUCAAAUCCUAAAAAAGUUGUUCAAAACUCAAAGACAAUUUUAAAAACUUGUGAUAAAAAUGAACAUAUCAAUUCACCACUAGUCACAGAAAACGCAGAUGAGACUUUAAAUUCAUCCAGGCACAAAUUAGACAAAACAACUAGUAUAAAUAAUUCUGAACUUAACACUUCUGCAGAUGCCAAAGUGAAAUCACUGAAACCAACAAGAAGAAUUGGAAAUAUAGAAUCAAAGUCUAAAAAAAUUAAAUUAGAUAAUAAUAUUGUAGAUGAUUUGAAAUUGUUAAAUUAUAUUCCUAGUGUAAAUGAUGAUAUUAUGAACAUGAAUUUAAACUUUGAUUAUGAUUGUGAUAUUGAUUUUAGAAGUGAAGAUGAUCAAAAAGAUGAAUUAACAGGAACUGUAAAAGUCUUGAACAGUGAAAUCAAAGAUAUCAAUUCUAAAAGUGACAAUACAAAUAACCAAAACCCUAUCGAGAUUUUCGAUACGUCUAUAAACUACGAUUUUAACGAUGAAUAUGAAAGUAACCAAGCUGAUAGUAAUAAUAUUAAUAAUGAAAUUAAUCAAUCUAAAAAGGAGGUGUCGCCAAGAUUUAAGUUUAAAAGAAAGUAUGUUAUUAAUUCAAAAAUGGAAUGCAAUUUAAACGAUCGUAAUAAUUGCAACAUUGAUGGUAAUAAAGUAGGUACAACAUUGGAGGAAACCAUUCCAGUUCUGGUUAAGAAAAAGUCAUUAAAGGAAUUAUUUGCUUUUAAACCUAAAGAACAAAAGGAAGUAGAUAAUUCUCAUCGUCCUGAAAAAUCAAAUGUUAAUAAAUUUAAACAAAUUCCAAGUGCAUCUAGUUUUAUUGAAGAAGAUAUUGAUGAUAUUGACUUUGACCUGUAAUGAUAAAAAUAAAAUAAAAAAGUAUUUAAAAAAC